AUUUUGACACCUACAAGAAAGGCUCUUCUCCUAACGCCUUGUUGAACAGCACAUGCUGAUAUCAUUAUUGCAUAUACUGUAUUGCAUGUCUAAGUCUCUCAUCAUGGAAACAGACGCGUCUCUCCUUGGCGUUGAACUAGAGCAGAAAGAGCAAGAAGAGCUGUAUCAACAACUUUUGCUGCAGACCAUGGGAAAAGUGCAAAGCGAAAGUCCCCCUUCCAAAGUCAUCCGUCCACAACCAGGCAUGUGCGUGAAGACCUCCUCAAUGUCAGACAAAAAGAAGGUCUUUCUGAAUAUCUGUCAGUCACAGGCGGUGCCGCCCCCUCCUCAUCUGUCCCAGGAAGCACUUGUGGAACUACUGGAGUCAGAGGACCCGACGAGUUACAGAGUGCCCAUGAGUCUCGGCGAGCCGCAUACAGAAGUGGACAACAGCUCACGUGGCUGUACUGUGUAUGAUGUCGUGAUCAAUGAUGAGUUCUUCCAGAAAUGUCAGAAAGAUGACCUGUUCCAGCAGUUUCUUAUUGCAGUUUCUUUGGAGGGACUGGAAAACAAGUACAACCUUGAGUUGAGCAGAGAUGUUAAAAUUUUGAAGAACCGGAAGUUCAUGGGCUCCAUAGCAGAACAAAAUAUUCGUGCCAAGAGCAAGCCUAUUAUCCAGGAAAUUGACUCAAAGGAAUCUGACUCCUUGCCUUCAUCAACCAAACGUCCAGAGUUCAGUUUAUUAGUGGAGCCCCCAAGUGGAAAUGCAGAGCAUCUGAUCGCUGAGAUCCUGCUUCCUGGAGUGAUAUCUGCUUGCUCUCUUGUUCUGGAUUUGGGAGAAGACAGACUAGUGCUGAUUGCUCGAUCUUCUCUUUUCCACUUGGAUAUUUUCUUUCCCCUUCUUAUUGACCAAGAAAACAGUGUUGCCCAGUUCAACACAAACACACAGACGCUCACAGUGACCAUGCCAGUAUUGUCUUCAUAAAUUGCAAGGCUAUUACUUCAUAAUAAACUUCAUUUUGUAUACAGAAA